AUGUCGAUAGUGGAGUGGCAAGCUGGGUAUGAUUCCGACGGUGAAGAUCGCAGGGAGAGGAAUGAUUGGAUGAUUGAGGAAGCUGUAGCUGCUUUUGAGGAUGAGCCAUCUGUCAGGCACAAUGUGUAUCCGGAUUUGGAUGAAGAAGAAGCAGCUCAACGUAAAGCUCGGAGGCGCGACCAUAUCCGACGAGGCAAUGGGAGUUUGUACCUCGGACAAGUCUUCAUCAGUGGAAUAGCAUUCAAGGAAGGUUUCUUGGACUACGCCUUGAAGACUGGUUACAAUAUCAGCCAAAAAAGAUAUGACAAGACGAAGCUUGUGUUUAAGUGUUUAGGAGAGAACUGUACAUGGCGAAUUUACUGCUCUCGGAAAGGUGGAUCGUCAAUGUGGCAGGUGCCUGUGAUUGCUCGCCUCUUUGUGGACAAGAUUCGUGAAGAACCGGAGUACUUCAUGCCAAUGAAGAUUGAAGAGUUGGUUAUGGAGAAAUGGAAGAUCUCUGUUUCUCGGCCUCAAUGUAAGCACACAAGGAACAAAGCUUUGGCAUGGAUUGAAAGAGAAUAUGAGGAACAGUUUGCACGCCUAAUAGAUUAUGCAAAAGAGAUUGAAGGUUCUAAUCCGGAUUCUUCAGUGGAGGUUGAUUGCAUUGUGAAUGAUCAAGGUCAGCAUGUGUUUCAAAGGUUCUAUGUAUGUUUUGAUAACCUGCAAAAGUCUUGGAAAGAGAACUGUAGGCCAAUGUUAGGAGUGGAUGGCUGUUUCUUAAAAACAGUUCACAAAGGUGAGUUGUUUGUGGCAAGUGGUAGAGAUGCAGACAACCGAAUCUACCAUGUGGCAUGGGCUGUAGUGCAGAAGGAGAAUGCAGAUAAUUGGGAUUGGUUCUUUUCUAAGAUCAGAGAUGAUUUAGGACUACAUGAUGGAGAUGGCUUUGUACUAAUCUCUGAUCGACAAAAGGGAUUGAUCAGUGCCGUUCAGAGGAUCCUGCCAAAGAUUAAGCAUAGAAUGUCUUGGAGAUACAAUGAGCCAGAUUUUAGAGAAAACUUGAACAAGAUUGAGUUAUAUGAUGAGGCAUUGUACCGAGAUUUGCUGAAAACAAAACCGGAGACAUGGUGCAGGGCUUUUUACAAGCUCGGGUCUUACUGUGAGGAUGUGGAGAAUAAUUCAGUGGAGUCAUUCAACAACUCAAUAGGAAAAGCCAGGGAUAAGGCUUUAGUGCCUAUGCUAGAGACCAUUGCAAGGUUGGCAAUGGUUCGAAUAGCCAAGAGAUAUUAUAAAGCUUCUAACUAUGAUGGUUUCUGUACAUCAUAUGUGAAGAAAUACCUUGCAGAGUAUCAUGAUGCAGCUUCAGGAUGCUUUGUUUGGCCUUCAACUAACAUGCAGUAUGCUUGUUCACUCGAUGGAUGCACACACAGGGUUGACUUGGCGAAUAGGACUUGUAGCUGCAGGAGACGGGAAAUAACUGGAAUCCCGUGUGAGCAUGCAUAUGGUGUUAUCUUGAAAAAAGGUCUUGAAGCUCAACACUAUGUGUGCCAUUGGUUUGGGACAGAUAAGUGGAGAAGGCUGUAUAUAGAUGGCAUUGUCCCAGUUAGAGGUGCAAAGUUUUGGCCUAGAGGAGAAGAGCCAUCGAUUGUUCAUCCUGAGAUUCCAAAUAUGCCUGGUGGGAAGAAGGAUAAGGAUAAGGCAAAGGAAAAGGUUACAAAGCAAGAUAAAAAGAGGAAGAGAGACAGGAAUGAGUCUCCUACGAGGAGGGCAGACCCAUUGGAGAAGAAGAGGGUCAUGCAUUGUGGUGUUUGUGGAGCUGCUGGUCACAACUCUCGCUGGCAUAAUAAGAAGAAGAAAGGUUCGACAUCUGAGGUCCCUUUACUUGAAGCAUCAUCUCAAGUUGAACCCUCACAAGGAAUUCUCAGUCAAGUGGAUUGA